AUGGCAAUCAUUGCGAACUUUGGCCUAAAAAAAUGACACACACAAGUUUCAAGUUUCAGAUGUUACAUUAACACUAAGGGUGGAUUUCACAAUUUAACAAACCAUUAUUCUGCACCAAUAGAGUAAGAGUACCAAACAGUCCGUUAAAUAUACCCAAUCAGCCUCAAGAUCUCUCCGUCAAAUUUUUGGCAGCAAAUAGCAUCAAAGUAUUCAAAACAAAACACUGUAAAAUAUGAAGUGACAGCUUGCCAUUGAAAUCUUUUCAGUUUAUUAAAUAUUAUGAAAUUAUGUAAAACUGAGCCAAAAUUUUUAAAAAUGCUUGAUGCCUGAGUAAAGUCUAUUUUUUCAGAUUAGCCUAAGAUUUACUGUUUACUGCAACUUUUGUAAUCCAUAUGUGAUUAUAUCACCUACUGUGUGCUUAUAGUUUAUCCUAUAUUUGCAAACUUGCACUUCUAAACCCUUACAUGAAAAAGCCUUUUCACUCUAUUUUUUCUUAGGCGUUGCAUUUCAACACAUUCAUACACUUCUUUCCAGUUCCUCAACGAUAUUUUAACCCCACUGGUCCGAAACUGUUCAACAGUUUCAACAUUCAUACAUACAAUUGCAGUUGCAGUUCUUUGUUUUAAUUUCAGUGUAUAAUCAGUCGCACCAUCGGUGAUGGUACAUUCAACAUAACGACGUAUUUAGGGGUUCGUGCAGAUUUAACGUGUACACGACGUCAUCAUUAGGCGCUCCUCUGGCGAUGCCCGAUUGCGUUCAGGUGCCUUCUGCAGGUAAAACUUCACCACGGUCAGGAGUUGAUACCAGCGCGGCUCUCGUUUUUUUUGCUCUAGGCAUGGCCAUCAUCAAUUAAUCGCACAUAAAACAAGUCCAAGGCAGAAAAACACAUCCGAAGACGAACACCAAAACAAAUCUCUACCGCAAAUUCAUCAAGAACUCAAACAAAAACAACAUAUGAUUCACCGCCUGGCUUUGACCAAUAGUAUAGAAAGGGCUAUCCAAGGGUUUAACUAA